GCGCCAAAUCCGACGACGCUCAAAUCAGCGGAGCAUUUUGGGAGAUGUAUCGUACGACUGACAGAGCUCUACCAGCAAGACCAUCAUGAUAUAUCGUUUCUGAGAAAGCGAGUCAUCUCCACCGACACUGCACGUGGUAUUUGCGCCCACGUCAUGACGCAUAUGCUCACAAGGAAGACCUCGGACCGCGCGGCUUGGGAGAACCUAGAGAUUGCGAGAGAGCAGCGGCGUCAGGGAUAGCAGGUUCGUUUGACAGCGCAGAGCUCCACUGAGAGUAAUCGGGCGACGCGGCAGUCACAUACUGUAGCGAAACGCCUCGCAAGAUACCGACACUACUGCACCUGGAUCCGUCAAGUCAUCCGCCCGGCAAAACGAUACAAAUGAGACCAAGGUGGAUCGACAAGAAACUGGAAGCCUCCCCUCCGCAGGGUGAAUACGCACAGAUCAAGCCCGUCGACGUAUACCUCGCGGCAUACCAACAGCAAGAUCUUUUGACCAUGCUCCUUUCAAUUCUGCAUACAGUUCUGGCCCUCACAGAAUACUUAAUUGGCACCCUCAUCGACCCGCUCUUGACGUCUGGCUAUUAUCUUCGCUACCAUGACCUCUACCUUGCUCGUUUGAAGUAGCUAGAUGAAACUCCAAACAUACCGACAUCCUCGACAAUCGUCAUUCUGUCUAUCCAGGACAGCUCUUCACAGUUUCCGACACCGUAUGCGAAUAUCAACUUGUCUGGACGGACAUGAUGAUCAUCUACAGUGAUGCUCUCCCAACAACGCUUGAUACAGAAGAUUUUGUGCCGUGCUUGGACAGAGUGCUUGAGAGUUGAGGAGUAGGGAGGUUUAUAGGCGUUUUCGUUUACGAAUUCUACGUUUGUAGUCGUUCUAUCUGAACCUCUUCCUUUUCCGUCAUUACAAUGACUCUUCACGAGGGAGGAGGGCACGUGGUACUAUAUUGGAUGAUAACUAUUGUAAUUCUAGUCAAAAUUAUCAAAAUGGAGAGUCAU